GUACGCAUGCGCACUAUGCGCCAGCUCAGCUGACCACAGUCGGCAGCAGGCAACAGCAACAACUGAUGAUGAUGAUGGCAGACUCUGGAAGUCGUGAAGAAGUGGCAGUGAUCGGCAACAUCGACAUUACGCCCACGGAAUCGGAGAACAACAUCAUUAACACGAUGGUGGAAAAGGGGACCUCACUGUUGAAAAAACUAGAGAUAAAUGUGGCAGAGGCAGAGAAGAGAACAGGCAAGAACACAGUCAACAUGCAGGAAACCUAUACAGUCUACCUCAUAGAAACACGACCAGCUGACACAGUGGCAGACGCGUCAUCACCCACCACGCCAGACUGUCUAUGGAGACGCUACAGCGAGUUCGAGCUGCUCAGAACAUACCUCCUGGUCACGUACCCUUACAUCAUCAUCCCGCCUCUACCAGAGAAAAGGGCGGAGUUUGUCUGGCACAAGCUGUCGGCGGACAACCUCGACCCGGACUUUGUCGAGCGGCGGAGAGUCGGACUGGAGAACUUUCUGCUGCGUGUGAUGUCACAUCCUGUCCUUUGCAAAGACAAGAUCUUUUUUCUCUUUCUCACAGAGGAAAAAGGAUGGAGGGAUGCAGUUUUGGAGACAGGUUUCCAAGACAAGGCUGAUUCCAGGUUGAAGUCCCUGAGUGCCAUGUUUCGAGUCAAGAACCCUGAUAAGCGUUUUACAACGCUGAAACAAUACAGCGAUGAACUGAAUGCUGUCAUCUCUCAGCUUCUCAGGGUGAGAGCGAGAGUCGCCGACCGAUUGUACGGAGUCUACAAAGUCCAUGGCAACUAUGGUCGAGUUUUCAGUGAAUGGAGCGCGAUAGAAAAAGAGAUGGGAGACGGGCUACAGAGCGCUGGUCACCACAUGGACACAUACGCUGCGUCAAUUGAUGACAUUUUGGAGGAAGAAGAGCACUAUGCAGACCAACUGAAGGAAUAUCUCUUUUACACUGAAGCUGUCCGGUCGGUGUGUAGGAAACAUGAGCUCAUCCAGUACGAGCUGGAAGUAGCAGCUCAGGAUCUCGCUUCUAAGAAGCAGCAGAGAGAGGAGCUGGCCACCGGGAUGGUACGCGUUUUCUCCCUGAAGGGGAUGACCAGUAAACUGUUUGGCCAGGAGAGCCAGGAGCAGAGGGAAAGCAGGUUGGCGGUCUUGGAGCAAAGCAUCCAGGAAGGAGAGCAAACACUGAAGGAGAAGAACGCCGAGUGCCAAGAGUUCGUACAAACAGCCUGGGAAGAUAUCGAGCGUUUUAAGGAGCAGAAGGACAGAGAUCUGCGCGAGGCGCUCAUCAGUUACGCCAUCAUGCAAAUUAGCAUGUGCAAGAAGGGAAUCCAGGUGUGGUCCAAUGCCAAGGAGUGUUUCAACAAAAUGUGAGCCACUUUGAUGCCAAUCACAGCCCCCUCACCCCCCACCC